AUGGCUUCUACUAAGGUGCAAGUUCUCGUGGCGGUGAUGGUGGUGGCGAGCGCGCAGCUGGCCCAAGGGGCCGUGACCUGCGGCCAGGUCGCAUCCAACAUCAGCCCGUGCAUUAAUUACGGUCUCGCCGCCGGACUUCCCGGGAAGUGCAGGGUUGACGUCGGCUUUCCGAUCAGCACAUCAACCGACUGCAGCAAGGUCAGGUGA